AAGAUUUUGGUCAUCUGCAAUUUUGGUAAGACUUAAGUCAGAGUGUUAUAUUUGAAAUAUUUUUGAUUUUUUGUCAGCUUUGAUUUUUUAUUUUCAUCAAGUAAUAACAAAUAAAGAAAGUUAAAAUAUUUACAUAAGACAUGGUUGACGAUUUAAGAAAAUAUUUAAAUCAUUUGCUCGAAAAAGUGAAUGGUCUACAUUGCAUAUUAAUCACAGAUCGUGAUGGAGUUCCAGUAGUACGAGCAGUCACAGAAAAGGCACCUCAGUUAGCUUUACGACCGAAUUUUAUAUCUACUUUUGGUAUGGCUACCGACCAAGCCAGUAAACUAGGCCUUGGAAGGAACAAAACAAUAAUUUCAAUGUAUUCAACUUAUCAGGUCAUACAAAUGAGUAAAUUACCUUUAGUAAUAACAUUUAUUGGAAGUGAUAAUUGCAAUACGGGACACAUACUAGCACUGGAGCAUCAAAUAGAACCAUUUUUGAAAGAUUUAGGAACUAUAGUUGCGGAUGCACCAUGAUACAUCCAUGUACCUAGUAUUAAGUUAUUAUUAUAUUUAUAAUGUUAUCUAUAAACUAACUGUAUAUCUUAUUAUAAAGUAAAUUUAUGUUAUUUUAA